GUCAUGAAGGUUGCUGCUGACUCAAAAUAAUGAAAAAGGGAACAGCUUUUCUGCUAAAAUAAUGCUUUUUUACCGCAUUUCUGUGGUGUUGAUCAUAAUUCCGAUUGUAUUUUCUGUUAGAUACAAUGAGUUUGAUCGAGAUAAACGAAAAAUCUUACCCGAAAGAGUUCAGGUUCAAACAGAUUACGGUCGAAUAGAAGGUUGGAAUGUAGACUUGGGAUGGACAAAACAAAAGUACAAACAUGUCCAUUUAUUCUUCGGCAUUCCUUAUGCGAAGCCACCAUUCACAGAGUUGCGAUUCAAGCCACCCGAGCGCCCAGACAACUGGCACGGUAUACUUGAUGCCACAUAUUUCCGUCCCGCCUGUCCGCAGCAUCCUAGCCACAUGGAGCCUCUUCUGAAGAGGGUUAACAUCAGUGAGGAUUGUCUUCAUUUAAACAUCUAUACUCCCUAUAAACCAGACAGUCUCGACAAACCUGACAAUAAUCGCUAUGAUGUCAUGGUUUACAUCCACGGUGGAAAGUUUCGCUAUGGCUCAGGUCAGACGUUUCCCGGGAACAUCUUUGCUGAGGACAAUAUUGUGGUUGUGACGUUCAACUAUCGUCUUAAUGCACUGGGUUUCCUCAGCACGAAUGAUGAAAGAGCGCCUGGCAACUAUGGUUUCCUUGACAUGAUAGCUGUGCUUGAAUUCGUACGAGAUCAGAUCCAAUAUUUCCGUGGUAAUCGCGACAGUGUGACAUUAGUUGGCCAUGAUGCUGGUGCAAUGGCGGCUGGUCUUUUGACGGUAUCGCCAAAAGCUCGCAAUCUUUUCCACAAUGUCAUCGCCAUGGAUGGCUCUGAUCUCUGCGAGUCUGCCGUCGUCCAACCCAUGGAUGGCAACAUUGACUACGCUAGGGAUCUUGCCAAGAAUAUCGGCUGCCCUUACGAUGACACGGAGAGGAUGGUCCACUGUUUGCGUUAUUCCCGGACUGCCCAGGAGAUGGCGUAUGCAUCUGAUGAGGUCACAACAAAGCAAUGGUACCAAGGAUGGACGGGCGGCCCAUGGGCAGCUACCGUCGGGGGAUCGAGUGGCUUCCUGCCCAAACAUCCGCGGGUCAUGCGGGAAGAAGGUGACUUCAAGAAGCUGAAGUAUUACAUGUCGGGCAUCUCAAAAGAUGGCGGCUCAGACAGGUUGACAUCUUUGAAGAACAUCGGGGAUGGCUUGGACCGCUACCAGUUCCGAGAUGUGCUUGGGACGUGGAUGCGUCGAUAUCGUGGUGUGCUUGAUGUCAGACGGACUGUCGACACGCUGGAGACGGAAUAUACCAACUGGGUUCAUCCAAACAAUGCCUCAGCCCGCAGACAGAUGUUGAUUGAUUUAUGGACGGACUAUGAAUUUGGGUCAUGUGUUGAUGGGGCACUCAAGUCGUACGCUCAGUACAGCAAUAAUAUCACAAUGUAUGUGUUCAACCAUCGAUCAAACUUAUCAACCACACCUGCAUGGAGAGGUGUCGACCAUGGCUCAGAGCUGCAGUACGUGGCCGGCUUCCCCUAUCUGAAUGAUCCCAUCUACAACACCACAGGCCUCAAACUCAACCAGAAAUAUAAUGAGCUGGAUAAGAACAUCAGUGAAUUCAUGAUUCGGGCGUGGGGCGAUUUCGUCAAGUAUCAAAACUCCACUCAGACUCCAAUAAAGAAUGUAACAUGGCUGCCGUUUCUGUCGACGAAUCUGACCUACUUCAUGAUUGAGAAUAACAGCUACGUGAUGAAGAACUACCGCCAAGAACACUAUGGUUUCUGGCGUGAAUACUUUCCAGUCAUUGCCCUCAGGCCUGAAUACACGACCACAGAAUACCCGACAGUCUACCCACCGAUCGAGCUGCGGAUAUCUGUCUGGGUGCUCGGUGCGUUGGCGAUUAUCUUCCUCAUCGUGGUGGCAGCACUAGCCAUCACGCUCUGUAAGAAACGUAAAGAGUCCGAGCUGUACUGAGGAGAGAGAUGCUGUCUUGCCCACAGCAUGUGUGGCCAUUUACCAGCUCAGGGCUAUUGAGAAGUUACCAUGGUGUAUUCAUUAAUGUCAACAGUUAAUGGCAUCUCAUUUGAAGAUCUGAUUAGAAGAGUUAAUAUCAUAUUGAGACUGCUCGUUCAGUAGUGUAGACUAUAAAUGCUGGGGAUUUCAUGAAAGGAGAUGUUGUGUAUAUCAGGAUAGCAAUGCAUAGUGUAAAUAGCUAUGAAGUGGUGCUGUACAUGAUAAAGCCAUGUAGUGUAGAUAUCCGUUUUAGUAUAACAGAGCAAGGGGUCAUGUGUAAUAUGGAGCACACAACCAUUUGAGAACGUGAGGACAAUUUCACAUCGAGAAAGCUAUUUGGUCUUGAAAUAUUUCUGCCCGAUUCUUGUUGGGCAACUGAUAGAGUAGGAUGACCUGGUCAUUUUGAGGAACACCUAUAUCGAAUGUUGCUAAUGUUUAUGAUUAUGGAUGACCCCUUAGGUACACAACGUCCAUGCUAACAUAUCAUGUACAUUUACAAAUAAUUCGUCCAUAAUGAUCAUGUUACAAGGCCAUUUUGUAUUGUAUUUUAAUCUGAAUGUGUCAUGUUGUAUGAUUCUGUCCACGCUUAUCAUUCCAUAUCUGUAAAAACAAACAUCUUUUCUAUUGUACAUGUAAAUGAUUUUAUGAUUUUUGAUGAUUUUUGUCCAUUUUUUGUAUCAUAGAAAGAAAUCAUUUCUUAGAAAUUGAUGCAUUGAUACAUUCCAAGUACAUAAGUGGAGAAGUGCCUGAGAUAAUGCCAAACCAGCACAGGUAAGAAACGGUGCUCCAUGCAAGUAGUCGCCAAUAGUUGGCAGGACAAGACAUUCCAGCACCGCCCUCUUUGCAAGAAACUCAGUAUACUAAAUUAGUGCCGGCCAAGCAAUGUCUCAGGCGACUCCUCCUUUGAGCCUUUUGCUGUCAAGUGAUUUUAUUCUUUACAACUGUCGGUGCCAAAAACCAGAAAGUUGCAGAAAUGUGACUUUAGUGGUCGUCUGUUGUAAAGUGCUUGUCACAGAGAAAUGACUCCGGCAGUGGAAGGGUUAACAUUUUUUAUCCAAGUGUAGAAUUUAUAUGUAGCUGUACACUGUACAAAUAAAAUAUUUGACAUUAAACUAA